AUGGGACGAUGCCAACAAUGUGAGAAAUGGCUGUCUAAAACUUUACUCGCUCAUCACUUAUGCGGAGGACGGAAACAAUGUAAGAUCUGUAAGAAAAUCGUAGAAAAUGAUCAUCAGUGCUACGUUCAAAAGAAACCUCCCAAAAAGAAGAAGGGAAAAGAGGAAUUACAGUUUUACAUUUAUUUCGAUUUCGAAUGUAUGCAGGAAAAGGGCAUUCACAUCCCUAAUUUACGUGUGGCACAUCGGGUCUGUCAACAUUGUGGGCAUUUACCCAUUGAGGAUCCUUGUCCUCAUUGUCGACACAUGGGACCCCGUCAACACGUGUUUCAAGGAUUAAAUACCUUAAAAGACUUCAUGGACUGGUUAUUACAACCCACCAGCAAAGGAGAUAAGAAUGGUAGUUUAUCACACGACCAGGCCAUCAUCAUUGCUCACAAUUUCAAAGGAUACGACGGACAGUUCAUUUUAAAUUACCUGGUGCAUUCUGCCUGCAUGAAACCCACCGUCAUCCAGAACGGGAGUAAAAUCUUAUGCAUGGAAAUCUGUGGACUAAAAUUCAUCGAUUCUUUUAAUUUUUUACCUUUUGUUCUGUCCAAAAUGCCUUCCGCUUUCGGAUUCACCGAACUGAAAAAAGGGUAUUUCCCUCACUUUUUCAAUACGGUACAGAACCAGAAUUACGUGGGACCUUAUCCCCCUCCAGAUAAAUACAAUCCGGACGACAUGACUAUUAGCGGACGACAAGCUUUUUUUCAAUGGUACGACCAACAAGCUGGAAAAGUGUUUGAUUUUCAAAAGGAAUUUUUAGAUUAUUGUAUUUCCGACGUCGAUAUUUUACGACGAUGUUGUGCUCAGUUUAGAUCCACCCUCAAGAGUUUAGUGAAUGUAGAUCCCUUUCAGGAAUCUAUCACUUUUGCCAGUGCAACCAAUUUAGCUUACCGUCGAGGAUUCAUGCCCGAAGAUACCAUUGCCAUCAUUCCCAACCUGGGAUAUCAACCUGCUCGUCAAUAUUCGGCCAAAGCCUGUCGAUGGUUAACCUGGUUGAGUCAAAGAAGCGGAUCUCACAUCCAACAUGCGAGAAACGGAGGAGAACUCAAGAUCGGAAAUUAUACUGUAGACGGAUAUCAAGAAGAUACUUGCACCGUCUAUGAAUUUUUUGGGUGUUAUUGGCAUGGAUGUCCCACCUGCUAUCCCAAGCUACAGACCGAAACUCAUUCUCACCGGACUCAAUAUACUUACCAACAAUUAUAUAAAGAAACUUUAAGAAGGAAGUCGGUCUUAGAGCAAAUGGGGUACAAUAUCACCUAUAUCUGGGAGCACGAAUUCGAUGAACAAGUGCAAGGAGAUAAGGUUUUACAGAAUUAUUUAUCAGCCCUUAACAUACUAGAUCCUUUAAACCCCCGAGAGGCUUUGGACGGAGGUCGGACCAAUGCAUCACGAUUAUAUUGUGAGGAAGGGGAUAUCAGAUACAUAGACGUGUGUUCUCUCUAUCCUUACGUGUUAAAACACAGAGCUUUUCCUGUGGGGCAUCCUCAGAUCAUUACCGACCAAUUCCAGGACGUCAGAUCUUAUUUCGGACUCAUUCACUGCAGGGUCUUACCACCUCGAGGCCUCUAUCACCCAGUUUUACCUUAUCGCACGGGAGGCAAGUUAUUAUUUCCCUUAUGCCGAACUUGUGCAGAACAACAGGACUCUAAACAUCGAUGUCGACACAAUUCCCAAGAACGCAGUCAUACAGGUACCUGGGUGACGACCGAAUUACACAAAGCCUUGGACAUGGGGUAUACUUUAGAGCAGAUUUACGAAGUUUGGCAUUUUCCAGAAAGCAGUACAGAUUUAUUCAGACCUUACAUCGAUACUUUUUUAAAGAUCAAACAAGAAGCUUCUGGAUUUCCACCUGAGUGUCAGACGGAAGAACACCAACUAGAUUACAUUCAUCAAGUCUUAGAAAAAGAAGGAAUUAGAAUGGACCUGUUAAUAUUACCGAAAACGAAAUACUUAACGGAAGAAGAGGAAUUACAAGAACUCUUACAAGAUUCGACCAAAGAGAUUAAAGGUAUCCAACUCUUAGAAAAUAAAGAGAAGCCGGAAUUAGACAUGAUGUUAGUCAAUUAUCAAGACAAAAUAGUAGAAGAAUGUCCCUUUGGAAAUGUAAUACUAGCCUGUUUCACUACCGCUUAUGCUCGAUUACAUCUCUACGAGACUUUACAACCUUUAGGAGAUCGGGUCCUUUAUUUCGAUACGGAUAGUAUCGUGUACCACCAUAAGGAAGGACAAUUUAAUCCGACCCUUGGCAAUAGUUUAGGAGAAUGGACCGAUGAAUUGGACGGGGAUUACAUCAUUAAAUUCAUGUCAGGAGGUCCCAAAAAUUAUGCUUACCUCACUGCCAAAGGAAAUUCCAUCCUUAAAGUCAAAGGAUUAACUCUUAAUUAUCGAGCCUCCAAUAUCGUGUCACCAGAGACAUUAGAAAAAAUGCUCAAGAAAGGAAUGGAUGAAGUCACAGUGUCUUAUCCUUAUAAAAUACAGAGGACCCGAGAUCAUCAAGUCAAGACAUUACCUUUAGAUAAAAAGUAUAGAAUUGUAUAUGACAAGAGACAGAUCUUGAAAGAUUAUAACACUAUACCUUAUGGUUAUUAA